AUGAAUGGCGCAUCGAUACCUUCAUCACUGGAUGCAUCCGUUGCACUGCAGGCUCAUCAAGAUGAGCUCUCAAGUAAUAUCGCCGAUCUCGUGGCCACCCAAGCAUACAAUGACGAUUCCUCACUCAAACGUAUGCAAGCCGCAAAGUCGGAACUUGCAGACCUCUUUAAGAAGAUCGAAUCUGUGCGGACGCGGGCUAUACAGACGGAGCAAACAAUCACCUCAAUGACCGCAGAUAUUAAGAGGCUGGAUGGCACAAAGAAGAACUUAACCCUGAGCAUGACAGCUCUAAAAAGAUUACAGAUGCUUACGACUGCUUAUGAACAGCUAAGAGGUCUAGCAAAAACAAGACAAUACCGAGAAUGCGCAAGCUUGCUACAGGCUGUGCUGCAGCUUAUGAAGCAUUUCAAUAGUUACAGGAGCAUAGACCAGAUUGCUACCUUGAGUAGGGGCGUCUCGGAGUUACAGAGAGAGUUACUAGAACAAGUCUGCGAGGAUUUUGAGAUGGCAUUUGCCAAAGGGGAGGUGGGAAGUAAGAAAGCAGUGCUAGCAGAGUCAUGUCUGGUGAUGGAUGCAUUGGGGGAUAAUGCUCGAGCAAGAUUGGUGACGUGGUAUGUCAACACACAAUUGAGGGAGUAUAGGCAGGUUUUCAGGGGAAACGACGAAGCAGGGAGCUUGGAUAAUAUCGGCAGAAGGUACAGUUGGUUCAGGAGAAUGCUGAAGACAUUCGAAGAUGAACACGCCGGAAUAUUUCCUGCUGGAUGGAGAGUUAAUGAGGUCCUGGCAAAUGCAUUUUGCGAAGGCACCAGAGAUGAUUUCAAGGGAAUCUUAGAGAGGAGCAUGCGACGAACAGAUGGAAUUAAAAUUGACGUCAAUUUGCUCUUGAGUUGUCUUCAGGAGACUAUGGAUUUCGAGCAAAGUCUUGAGAAGAGAUUCGCUACAGAGACAAGAGCAAGUAUCGAUACUCUUAGCUCUGUUGAAGACAAACCCCUGACAUUUCAUGGGUCUAUUUCCGAAGCUUUCGAACCAUAUCUCAGUCUUUGGGUUGAGUCACAAGACAAACAACUCGCCGCGAUGAUACCCAAAUAUCGUAUCCAACCCAUGUUAGCGGCUGAUGAAGAAUUCUCCCCACAGGCUGUGAUACCGUCAUCUAUUGAGCUCUUUCAUUUUUACAAGACAUCCUUGGCUCAAUGCGCCAAAUUAUCAACUAGUGAACGACUUCUUGACUUCUCAAAGAUCCUAGCUAAAUAUCUCGAUCAAUAUGCUCAGCAAGUCCUAUUAUUUUUCUUACAAGGAGCAGGAGGACCCAGCCUUGAAAAUACUAUCCUUGUUCUCAACACGGCAGAUUAUUGGCAUGCUAAUACUCAGCAAUUGGAAGAUAAUCUGAAAAAAAGAAUAGACAGUGAAUUGGCAACAAAAGUGGACUUGUCAUCACAAUCUGAUGCGUUUAUGGGCGUUGCAAGCGCAGCAGUUUUAUCAUUGGUAAAUCGAGUAGAGGUUGAUUGCGAAGGAUCAUGGCGUGAGAUGAAGAAUACGAAUUGGAGCAAAAUGGAAAGUGUAGGGGAUCAGAGCAGUUAUGUUGCAGAGUUGUUGAAACAUGUCAAUGAUCGAGCAGGGGAAAUAUUACCUUUGGUAGGGAAGCAGCAAUAUGCGCGCGCGUUUUGUGAUAAAGUUGUUGAACACUUGGCCAAUACGUAUAUCGCAAACAUCGUUCAGUGUCGACCUGUGUCCGAGGUAGGCGCCGAACAGAUGUUGCUAGACAAAUAUGUCUUAACUAAAGGAUUGACAACUUUGCUCACUCAUUCUCCUACCCCCUCCUCAGCCACUGCAAAUACUGCAUUUCAAAAACGUGUGAAUAAUAUAAUGACUCGUCUGGACCCGCUCCUUAAAACGCUACAAGUCCGUCCGUCACCGCCAGAAGGGCUGGUUCAAGCAUACCUCAUUCACAUUGGAGAUCGUAGUGAUACGAACUUUCGGAAGAUUCUAGAAUUGAAAGGUGUUAGAAAGCAAGAUCAAACUGCAUUGGUUGAAAUGUUUGGUAUGCAUAGAGAUGGCAAGGCUAAUGAGCAACUUGUACAAAAUUCACCUCUUCUCACGCCACUUAUGAAUGUUGCGGGACUUGGAAGCACAGGUCUAGGGAUUGGAACACCUAGCGGCAUGCCAGGUUUACAGACACGAUUUGACCCCGGUGGUUUUGGAGAAAAGCUAUUUAGUGCGGCCAGGGAUAGUAUAGGAACUGGAGGUGUCGGCGACAGAGGGAUCAGUCCUCUGGGAGAGGAUGCAAAGGCUACCGUGGAAGGAAAUUUGAAGAGUAUUGGAAAGUUCUUCAGGAGAGAUAUGACUGGGUUUGGUGGGAUGAAUAUAGGGGGAAGGUUUGGGGCUAAAAGAGACGGUAGUGUAGAUGAUUAUACCAAGUAG